UAUACAUCAUCAUCGUUUUAAUAGCCGUCUUAGUAUUUUUUUUGCUUAUAGAUGAGGAGUUCUAGGCCGAAACAGGUAUAUCUCCCAUCGGGGUUCCAAUAGACCCCUCCCAAGAGCAACACAACCUUUAGCAAAAUCUACAUUACACCACUACCCCAAAACCCACUCUAUUAAAUGGUCCUAUAAUCAUUUAUUUGAAUCUUCUUCUAUCUCAAACAAAUUAGCGUUUAACUUAGCAGUCAAGCUCUCUUACACUUUUUCUUCUUCCAUUUAGUAAACGCUCUUUGCCUUAUCCCACACUCCAUUUUUUUCUUCCCCACAAUAUCCCUUUUUUUUUUUUGUGACAAUACUCACAAUAUCUUUAAAUUCUCUAGAACUGAUAAAAAACCAAUGGACCAAACUAGGACAUGAUUUGUGCGCUGGUCAAUUUAUGUGAAAAAAAGGGUCCUACUUUUAUGAUAUUCUUUUUUCCCAUAGGUUCUUUCUGAGAAAAUUCCAAACACCUGACUUUGAAAGUCGUCGUAACAGAAAAAAAACAAAAGAGUAAAAAACUUAAAAAUAAAAGAUGAAGAAGAGUCCAAAGUAGGAACUCGUUUUAUAUUCUAUAAAAAACAAUGAUAAAAAACUCUUUUUCAAUCACACUAUUCGCAUUAUCGUUUACCAAUAUAAAUAUUAGUACCAUUCAAAGUCGUCGUCGUAAGCCACCUAAUUCCAAAAGAAACUUCGAUUUGAAAAUAUAUAUAAAAUUCCAGAUAGAAAACAUUAAAUGAAAAUAUUUAAGUGAAGGUUGGUCGAAAAAAGACCAAACAAACAUGUGUUCCUUUUAGUUCAAGUCUUACAAAAAAACCAAGACAUAUUCCCAAUUGCUUCAUCUCUUCGUCUUCUUCUCCUUCAUCUUCACCAUUUUCUUUAUUCACCUGCAAGUCUGCAACACAAUGAUCAACUUGUCUCUUUCCCUAUCAAAAUCUAUAGCCUAUAGCUUCAUAUGGAUGCUCUUUGUCAUCCUCCCAUCUUAUGUCUUCUCAGCUGAGCAGCAUCACGUACUCUGCAGUCCCUCUUUUAGUUGUGGCAAUCAGAGCGGUCUCUUGUACCCUUUCUGGAUUCCUGGCAGAAAAGAUUGCGGUCACCCCGACUUCGAGCUCGACUGUAGCGGAGGAUUUCCAGAGCUUAGCAUUUCCUCUGUAAAAUUCCAAAUCCUAGCGGCGAACUAUGACUCUGGUAUCAUAAAACUCGCCAGAUCCGAUUAUAGCGAUGAUCCAUGUUCCCAAGAUUCUUUAAAGAUUUCUUUCAACGAAACGGUUCUUCCAAUUGCUCCUACCACCGACUGGCUGACCGUUUAUUACGACUGCAACCAAGAUUUUUCAGCAUUUGUUUCUACUUAUGUGAAAGAGCUUGAUUGUGGGAAUGAUGAUAGCAAAAAUUACUACGUGACGAGAAACCUAGUGUCCUCUCUACUUGAAGGGUAUAGUCCGGUUUUCAUAGACUUUAGGAGAUCUUGCAGUAUAAACGUCAAUACCCCCGCAUCUAGAACCGCACUGAACACACUCGAGAGUAGUCCAAGUAGAGAUAAUCUAAAUAAGGCUAUUGAAGAGAGUUUCGAGGUUGGAGUUAACUUAGAUUGUAAGAAGUGCAGAGACUCUGGGGGUGCUUGUGGAUAUAAUCACACACUUUCCACUAGUGGGUUUGUCUGCUAUUGUAUAGAUGAUCAGCCAGGUAACGGUGUUUGCGGUUCUACAAACAAGGAUGGCAAGAAGUCUACUAAAGCAAAUACAGGUAUUAUUGCAGCUGCUGUUUCUAUAUCGGGGGUGCUUCUACUAGUCGUCGCAUGUGUGUUCUUACUCAUCAGACGGAGAAGAAAGACACAAGAAGCUCAGUACACAAGCAAGGACUUGCCAACAACAUCUUACUCAAGUAGAGAAACAUCAAGAAAUCCAACUUCCACAACAAUCUCCUCUAGUAGCAAUCACUCUUAUCUUCCUUCAAUGUCAAUCUCUAACCUUCCAAACGGAAGCGACUACUACGGAGUUCAAGUCUUCAGCUACGAAGAACUUGAAGAAGCAACUGAGAAUUUCUCUAGAGAGCUCGGAGAUGGUGGCUUCGGUACAGUCUACUACGGCAUGUUGAAAGACGGACGAGCAGUAGCAGUGAAACGCCUCUACGAAAGAUCGCUAAAACGCGUAGAACAGUUCAAGAACGAGAUCGAAAUCUUGAAAAGGAUAAAACAUCAGAAUCUAGUGAUACUCUACGGAUGCACAUCAAGACACAGCAGAGAGCUUCUACUAGUCUACGAGUACAUCUCAAACGGAACUCUAGCUGAACAUCUACACGGCGACCGCGCAGAAGCUCGUCCUCUUAGCUGGUCAACCCGAUUAAACGUGGCGAUCGAAACCGCAAACGCGUUAUCUUUCCUCCACAAAUCAGAAAUCAUACACAGAGACGUCAAAACUACUAACAUACUCCUAGAAGAUAACUACCAAGUCAAAGUUGCCGAUUUCGGACUUUCGAGAUUAUUUCCAAUGGAUCAAACACAUAUCUCAACCGCACCACAAGGCACACCAGGCUAUGUAGAUCCAGAGUAUUACCAAUGUUACAGAUUAAACGAGAAGAGCGACGUGUACAGCUUCGGAGUAGUACUAACCGAACUAAUCUCAUCGAAAGAAGCGGUGGACAUUACUCGACACCGUCACGAUAUCAACCUCGCGAACAUGGCCGUAUCUAAAAUCCAGAACAACGCGUUGCACGAGCUCGUGGAUCCGAGUUUAGGGUUUGAGAAGGAUUUAGAUGUGAGGAGGAAGAUGAUGUCUGUGGCGGAGCUGGCGUUCCGGUGUUUGCAACAGGAGAGAGAGGUUAGACCUUCGAUGGAUGAGAUUGUGGAGAUUUUGAAAGGGAUUAAGGAUGGGGAGAAGCGUGUGGGGGUCGUUGAGUCGCCGGAUGUUGUGGAUAUUGAACAUGGUGGUGGUGGUGAUGAUGUUGGGUUGUUGAGAAAUAGUGUUCCGCCGCCGAUUUCGCCGGAGACUGAUAAGUGGACGAGUAGUUCUGAUACGGCGGCGAGUUUGUAAUUAGGGAAUCGUCCGUGAACUGUAUAAGUGUUUUUUUUACUAAUAGUUAUUAUUGUUUUCCUUUUUUAGACGAGAGACUGUAUUAAGAAAUGGACCUAUUUGUUCAAUUUCUGUGAUAAAGUUUUAUUUUUUUGGUUACAAACUAAAAUGACAUUACUAUUUCUAGA